ACGCCAUCCCAGCUGUUGAUAUUGAUUCUGGUCGGUUUAAAUACGUUCUGAUCCGCGUGGAUAUGCAGGGUGACGCAGAGCCAAAACAAGAACACAGCAAAGUCAUCGUGCGUGGUUACAAGUGGGCCGGCUUUCAUGGGAUUCGGUUUGGCGGAUCACGCAGUGACGACUGAGCUCCUCAAAGCUCGCUAUCCAGGCUACGAGUCCAUCACUUGGACUAAUGAAGGUUACUAAGCCUCUCUCCCUUCUCCAUCUUUGCUUGUGUCCCAGUGUAGGAGAAGCUGUAUGCAACAUUCGCAUUGUUGGCGAUUUAAAAAAAAAAGCAAAACAAAUGAUUGAAAAAUACAAAAACUUUUAGAAAAGAAACAAGUUUGAAAGGACGUGAAAAAGUUGAAAUCAUCUUUGGUUUCUUUAACUGUUGGUUACCCUUGCACGUCAUCCGAUUGACGUCAUUUGACGCUGUUGAAUCUAUUCGAAGAAGAAGAAAAAAAGUGCCACAUGUGUUCGAGAUUCGGAACAAUGGACGGCAUUACCGUGAUCUUCAUCUUGUGGUGCGUCGCUACUCAGCCGGCGACCGCAUCAUUGUCUUGCCGGACCGAGGAUGGACAACCUGUCGACUGGUUUGUAUUGUACAAGUUGCCACCCACUACGACAGGCAAAGCAACUGACGGACGAGCCUACGUUUACAGGACAUCGGUCAGCACUCAAGGCGAUGAUGGCAGCACAUGGAUUUUCUCCCAGCAAUCGAUCGAUUCAGCUGCCUCUUUGCCUGGCCAAACACUCGAACCCAUUUACAAUUUUCCGGAACACGUCGUAAGCGAAGACAAUGAUGUUGAUGAGCGGUUGCUGCUCAUGUACAACGACGAAUUCCCAAAUGGAACGAGCAGCGAGAUAGCCGCCCACGCUAAAGGUGUUGUGGCUUUCGAUGGUCAAUCCGGCUUUUGGUUGGUCCAUAGCGUACCGCGUUUCCCUCCAGCGCCCGGCGGUGACAGGUCGCCAGAGACUAGAACCAAUUACUCUUACCCUGCCACCGGGCUGCGCUACGGACAGACAAUGUUGUGCGUCAGUUUGCCAUUCAAUCAAGCUGAUCUCAUUGGGGAACAGCUGCAGUAUUACCAUCCUUUCAUCUAUCACUGGUCCGUCUCCUCGUCCAGCAAAGAAUGGAUCCAGAUGGUGCCUAAUCUGGUGGAUGUCGCCAGAGGACAUCACGUCACUAAACCCCCUUGGUCACGCUCGGUUCAGCUCUUCUCGUCGAACCAACUGAGCAUCAUCAGUUUCGCCAAAGCCCGCCAAUUCGGCCUAGAUUUGUACGGUGACUGGAUAACGGAAACGUUGAAAAACGCCCUCUACGUUGAAACAUGGACAAAUGGACAGGGACAUCCUAUGCCUUCUUUGUGCAUCAACCGCACUCUAACAGUAGAGAACGUGAAGCAGGUGCACUUGAUUGACGGCCAAGUUUUCCCGUCGCAUAGCGAUCACAGCAAAUGGGCCAUUUCCAGUCGCCAGGAGGAUCCAUGGGUCUGCGUCGCCGACAUCAAUCGCAUGGAUUCUCAACGACACAGAGGUGGUGGAUCGCUCUGCUUCCGUCAUACGAAACUUUGGCGAGGUUUCGAUCGCGCAGUUAGUCAGCUGGAAGCUUGCCCACUUUCAUUUGAUCAGGCUAUCAACAGGAAACUGCGCAAAUUCAAGAAGAUAAAUAAGAAGAAGCAGAUUCAGUUGCACAAUGACGUAGGCUAAACCUGAGACCCACUUGCGUGACUGAUUGCUGAGCAACUGAGAUAUUUUUACUUGGCAUACCCAGCCUGCUUUUAUGCUUCGAAGCUAUACCAAUGCUUGGAUUUAAGUAUAUCAUCAUGCAAUCAUCUAGAAUGAAGCUCAUGACGUGCAAUUGUUCACCUUCCUUACCUUCCUAGUUAGCUAAGUGACAGAAUAGCUGCUACCUAUUUGAAUCAUUUAGAUACAAAAAUUGUAGUUGGUAGUCUACACAAUUCCA